AUGGUCCACUUGAUGGGUGCCAACUCAAUGCUGACUCAUCACCAUUUCCGCGGGGGAUCAACGUCACCCAAAGCUCGUCCGCGGGAAAAUAGUUUGUCUUCUUCAUACCUCAACGCUGCCUCAACUUCGCGUCAUGGCCACGCCAAGGCUCCCAUUUUUAUAUCCGAACUUGAUGCGCGCAGUCCGACCAUGCGAACCGAUCUGCGGCAUGAGCGCGAAGCCUACCAGCGGCGCUAUGGUCCGGCUGUCGAACGCAGUGUUCCCCCAGCGUCGCGACUAAAGAAAGGUUCCUCUGAUAAGGUCCCGGAGGACGUACCAGCGGAGGAUGAGAGUCUAAAUACCUCUGAGCAGGAGGGAGCUUCUCCGGAGCAGUUACAAUCGGACCCACCACCUCAAGACAAGCAGGAUGCGGCAAACACCCCUUCCUCCCCAAGACCGAAUCCAGAUCAGCAAGAAUCAAUCGAAGAAAAGAAAGAUGAUCCUCCGACAGAUCGGGAACCACACGAAGGGUCUGCAGCAGCAGAGGAAGACAGUCCUGAGCAGGACCAGGCCUCAGCUUCGUCAACAUCUACUUCUGGGAGCUCCCCUGAAGGGAAUACCGAGUCUUCUCCAUUUUCAGGCCAGACACCAUUCGAUGAAGUCCUUCAUAUGCCCUCUCCGUCCGUCUACCUAACCCCUUCCGGGGGACCCUCUUCCUCUGACGAUCGCCCGCCACAUCUAUCCCCGGCACCUUAUGUACACCAUUUCGAUACAUACUCCUUAGUCCAGGAUCUUUCCAAAGGCGGAUUUAGCAAUGAGCACUCUAUUACCAUCAUGAAGGCCGUGCGAGCCAUUCUACAGAAUAAUCUUGAUCUUGCGAACGAGAGCCUGACUUCCAAAUCCGACGUCGAAAAUGAGGAGUAUCUGUUCAAAGCAGCAUGCUCUGAGCUUCAGUCAUCGCUGCAAACAGCCCGCAACUCGGAAGUGCAACGUCAACGUUCAUCACGCACGCAAUUGCAGCAUGACACGGAUAUCAUUUCGCAGCGUCUCAGCCAGGAACUGGCGGGCAUGAGAGAUGAAAUCAAGGGCAUGUUCAACGAUCAUAAAAUGAUUACGCGCGAGCAGCAGCGGAGUAUCGACACCUCGGUUCAGGAAUUAAACUACAAGAUCACUGUGUCCCUUAACAGUGAUGGAAAGAGCGAGAUCGAAGGCCUUCGAUGGAUUCUGACGCGACGUGCGGCUUCGACCAUCGCCAUUUGUGCCUUCAUGAUCAUUGUUUUCUUGAAGUACGCAUCCAUUCGGAAGGUCCAUGAGCCCACCAAGGUCAAGGAGAUCGAGAAACCAGUCGUUACCAAAGAGAUCGCGACAGAAACUAGGGAAAUCCACGAUAACGGUGCAACGACUAUCCCGUCAACUUCUGAGACCCACCUAGGUGAACCCCUUGGUUGA